AGAGCGCAGCCUGCAAUGCGCGCCGUGUCCGAAGUUCAUGGUACACACAGCUAGCCGGCCGGGCGUACCGUAUACCGUACCGUAUACCGUACGUUCGUGCGCGCACACAGUCGAAUUGUGCACAUUGACACCGUACCAUUGAACUAGCCGAUGGUUUCUUGCCUGCUAAUUCUGAAUUAUGUGCAGUUUUCAACUGAAGCUCAGCCUAACUUUCUAAGCAAGCGUCUAGAUCGAGAUGAGGAAUUCUGCACACCUUUACCUGCAGGAAUGACUGAUUUUGAGGGGUGUGUCAUCAAUCCUGUGAGUGCCUGACCUGAUUGCGGAUAUGAGAUACACUAUGGAGUGGAUUACAAACAAGGAAGAGCUUGAGUUCUAAGAUGGAGAAGCAAGGCUUGGAAUUGGACGAGUACCUACCAAUCAACAACAACCAGAGAGUUACAUCAUCCAGCAGACACACUAAUGAUGCAGCAGGCAGAAAAUAUACUGAAUCAGACAAUGAUAAAGUUCCACUGGAUGACUCUCUUCCAUGGACAGCCAAUCCAGCACAGCGAUGGCGCAGAGCAGCCAUGGGGUUUGCAUGGGCUUCAGUUUUCAGUCUGCUUAUACUUGGCGGUAUUAGCUUUGUUCUUUCUGCAAUGACCGCAAGCUCAGCUGCUUUUGGCUUUGGGUUUGGCUGUGUACUUGACGUGUUCACAUCGGUGGUUGUAAUAUGGAGAUUCUUUGGUUCGGUGACAACACUUUACUCAGAGCAGAGGGAACGAAUUGCCCUGUUGUUUCUUGCCAUUUUCUUCCUAGUAGCCAGCCUGUCAAUCAUUGUGCGAGAUCUCAUCGAACUUUUUGACAAAAUUCACACCAAAAGUGCAUCAUCUCUGUGUGUGUUAGCAGCAAUCAGUGGGACUGUGUGUGCCCUACUGGCGAUUGGCAAGUUUAUUACUGCCAAGAAACUUGAAAGUCAAACAGUUAAGAGUGACGGUUUUAGCUCACUUGCAGGCUCAAUAACUGCCUACAGCAUUCUGGUCAGUGCGGCAGUCAUUGAGACACAUCCUAACGUCUGGUAUCUUGACAACAUUGUUGGCUUUUGUGUGGCAGCUCUACUUACGGUGUAUGGCGUCAUGUUAUUGAUGCAGGUGUUGUCACACAAUUGCGCUCCAAUAUCAGGAAGAUGCUGCUGUUGUUGCACAGUGACCAGCACAGACACAGACCUGGAGCAAUAACCUGCAAUCUUGCUGUUGAGCUAGUUACAAGGGAAAGUGUUAUUAAGAACAGCUGACAUUAACUCCAGCGUGAUGGAACUUUGCUUCCAGUACGCUUGAAGUUCAUCAAGAUGGUAUAUGUACACUUUCCUGUGUAGUUCUAGUUACAACUUUUUUGUGGGAUUGUAAAUUUUUGCUCUAUAUUUUCUUGACAAAUGUACGUACAGGCAGUGACCAAAUUUAGCAAAUUUAUAUCUGUUAAGAACGUCCCCAACACCCUAGCAUGUAUGAAAGCUUGUGAAAUUGGAGGAUUGAUGGGGACUGUUAUAAGUUCAGACCUAUAACACUGUGACAUAAUCAAAAAGGUUGGUUUGCCUCCACCCAACCAACCUCCAACCAUCUAACCAGCACCCGCAACUUGCACCCCAGCUCUACCCAUGCAACUGACUUCCACCCACUCCGUCCACCCCACUCACUCAACGCGUAUCCCAUUUGCACCCCACUUCCACGUUCCAACCAUGCAACCAAUUUCCACCCUUACACCCUACCUCCUCCCAACCUAUACCUUCACCUGACAUCCACCCGACACGUUCCAAGUGCAAAUGAACAUAUAGAUUUGAUUGAUUGAUGGUAGGAUUGGCAACAGCUGGAGAAAGACACUUGCGGAAAGAUCAAUUUCUAAUCAAAACUGUUUAUGCAGGAUACGAAAUAGAAGGCAGAUUUGCAUGUAUGCGAGCAGUUAACAAGGGAGGAUUUCUGUAACGGGGGUAGCCUGAGGAAAAUGUAAUCACCUCCGUUUCUGUCUGAUUGAAAUUAUUAAUUAUUGUUGCAGAUUUAAAAUAAAAUUAAAAUAAAAACUGCUAUUCUGAAGUAUGAGCUUGGCUUUUGUAAUUGAGGCAUUACUUGACACUUGAGACAACCCCCUUAUUUAAAAAACACCCUGGAUUCACCUCUGAGCACAGCAGUUGUUCUUGUAUCUUUUCAGGACUGACCAGCAACAUGUCUUGUCUAUUUUGUUGCAUUACAUUCAGACUUAAGUGUGUACCAUCUUGAGGGCAUGUACACGUAGAAGCCUUGGUUUCACCUUUAGCGUCAUUUGUCGCCCUAGUUGAAAUGCUCAGCCUCCUACCUCACAGCAACCAACAAUUGUGAAGGUUAAAUCCACUGGAAAUGUUUCUUUUUUGAAAGUGUUAACACAAAGACUUGAUCGUAUGCAGAGAAGCAACAGGCUUUGAUGUAGCUCAUGCCAAAUUUAAUAGAAACAUAAGACGCAACUAUUUCAAAAUUUUAAGACUUGCUUUCGUUGACUAUGGUAGAAUUGUACCUUUCUGUAAGUACAUGCAUUUGAAGCCAAAUUAAAUCCAAUCCAUGUAAUGUUUAUUCUCGAAAAGGUAUUUCACAUUUGGUCCUUGUUUGAAAUCCAAAUUGAUUCAAGCAUGUAAAAUUUAUGUUCACAUGACAUUUUAUGUAGUACACAUUUAUCUAAACACAGGUAAACCAAUUUCAGCAAGAGAGCCUCUUCACUUUCAUCAACAUGUGUUCAAAUGCAUGCUUAUUUUUUAGUUUCGUUCAUAGUGGGGUAUAUUUUUCUCAAUUAUCACAUUCAUUGUGUGGUGAAAACGAGCAUGGUUUCAGUCACUCUUUUUCAACUUCUGGGCAUUCACGUCUCCACUUUCACCAAUCUCGGAUUUCUAUAGUUCCUAGCUUCUAUGAUUGAAUGCAAUCAAAUGAAGAUGGGUCAAAGUGCACAGGAUUUUAAUCUUUGAAGUGUUUUCAUUUUUUUCAUUGUUCAAUUUAGAUGGGAUACACGGCUUGUUUCAACAGGUGUUGCGUAUCUUUCAUUCACCAUGAAAGUAUUCCUAGAGGGAUAGGGUUGAUUAUAAACCUACUUGCUAACUGUUAAAACCCCUUUUGUCAUGGCACUGUUUUGUCAGUGUAAGGCUGUCUGGAAUUCAGUUGGACUCGGUGUAGGAUGUUUUUCUUCUCAUUGUAUAUAUAUCCAGUGUUCUUUACUCAUGUUUGUAAAUCUGACCAUUCCAAACGAAAACUCAACAAAAAUAGUUAUAAAAACCAUGACUAUCUUUGAAAAAAGUUCCUCUGUGCAUGUAUUCACAUUAUUUUGUUUUCCUUUCCUGGAAGUGUACAAUGCAAAUACUAAUCACAAAGCAUAUGCCAAAAACGGCUUACAUCUAAAUGUAAGUUUGCUUUUGUUCCCCUUGGGUAUUUUUUUUUUCUGUUUUUCUUCUCCAGAAAAUCCACUUUGAUAAUUGCAAAAAAGAUUCAGGAAGCAUGAUAUGACAAAAAAGUGAGUUUGCAAAGAAGUAUUGAAGUUGUUUGCUUCAAACCAAUUUGAUUGAAUGAAAAGACUAUGUGAAUUUGAAUCAGAUUAUUAAUAACUUCUAGAGAAAGAAAUCAAAUGAUACUUCAAAUGUAAUGAUGUUCAAAUGCAUAAUGAGUAUUUAAAACAAAUUUUAAACUGAAUGUUGUUUUAGCAAAACUAGCCCCCAAACCUGUAAUACCUUGUCCAGUUUGUAUCACCUCUCGUAUGGGAUUAACUUAGGGCUCAAAUGAAACACCUGCUUGUACCGUCUAACAUUGUGUCCAUCUCUUCAUCUUUCAAAUGCACGUUGAGUACACUUAUUAAGCCUUGCCAAGAGACUGUCAGAAAACCUUCACCCAUCUUCCAUUUUGUAUUUCAUUUUGUGUUGGGUGGAAGGUAGAGUGGUAUCCUUCAGUACAAAAGUGGUAUGAAGAUUUUCACAAGACAUGUGAAUGAAUAUGAGGACCUAUGUACAUUUAUCAAGGAUCAAAUCAAGGAUUUUUAACUUUGGGCUUUUGCCUUAGCGAUAUAGCACCGCAUGUAAGGCACUGUCCUACAUUUUGGCAAGAAGAGAGUUGCCGGUGCUCAAACUCACUGUGUAAACAGAAAUUGAUGACUUAUCCUGAAUUGAUACUAAUUGAUAUAUAACCGGUGGAGCGGUACGGUGUACAUAAUUAUUUAAUGUAGACUGAAUUGGAUAUCAGAAUGAAACAUUAGAAAAAUAAAAGUGCAAGUACUCUCUUGCAACAGAAAUACUUUAGAUUUGAAUAUU